UCGGAUGCUCAUACCUUGUUAUUGAAGCCUCUUUUCUUUCCAUAAAAAAAAUGACUUGGGUGGAUAGACUGAAUGACUAUGUUGCUCAUUCAAGAGUAGGCAAAUACUUUCAGUUGGAUCACUCAGGUGCCAGACGUGAGCGAAAAGGAACAAAGUUUACAACAGAAAUUAGAGCUGGUUUAACCACCUUUUUUGCCAUGGCUUAUAUUAUUUCAGUCAAUGCUUCGAUCAUCAGUAGCAGUGGAGGCACUUGUGUUUGUAACCCAACGGAAGCAGACCCUGUCUGUGACAACAACCAAGAAUACAUGGAUUGUGUGUACCAAGUUAAAUUGGAUUUGAUUAUGGGCACAACCAUCAUUGCCAUGAUCUCUAGUAUCUUGAUCGGCGUUUUUGCAAACCUUCCUCUUGGUAUGGCCCCUGGUAUGGGCCUCAAUGCUUAUUUUACUUAUACUGUUGUUGGAUACCACGGAUCUGGCAAGGUUUCUUAUGAAACUGCUUUAGCCGCCGUAUUUAUUGAAGGUAUCAUCUUUUUUGUUCUCUCUAUCCUUGGUAUUCGCCAAUGGCUAGCCCGAAUUAUUCCUAUGAGUAUCAAAAUUGCUAUGGGUUGUGGUAUCGGUCUCUAUCUCUGUUUCAUCGGCCUUCAAUCUUCCGCCGGUAUUGGACUUGUCACUCUAGAUAAAUCCACUUUGGUCACUCUUGGCGGUUGUCCCUUGGGUGCAUUUGACGCGGAUGGUGUCUGUCAAUGGGGUCAUAUGACCAAUGGCACAACGUACAUGGGUAUUCUUGGUUUAGUUAUCAUGAGCAUCCUUCUCUUAUACAGAGUGCGUGGUGCCAUCCUUAUAUCCAUCGUCUUUAUUGCUAUCACAUCUUGGCCUCGUAACAACGCAGUCACUUAUUUCCCUUACACUCAGCAAGGUGACAUGAUGUUCAACUACUUCAAGAACGUUGUUUCCGUCCACGGUAUGAAGCAUGUUCUCGGCAAGUUCAAUUUUGACUUGAGUGGAAAAGAUAUCUGGAUUGCUUUGAUCACUUUCCUUUACGUUGAUAUCAUGGAUACUACAGGCACAAUGUACUCCAUGGCCAAUUAUGGUGGCUUCACUGAUAAAGCUGGUGAUUUUGAACACUCUACAUUUGCCUUCAUGUGUGAUGCUGCAUCUAUCACCAUUGGUUCCUGCUUUGGUAGCUCUCCUUGUACUGCCUUUGUCGAAUCAGGUGCUGGUAUUGCUGAAGGCGGGCGAACUGGUAUUACCGCCAUUGCCAUUGCCUUUGGCUUCUUCAUUUCUGUCUUCUUCUCUCCCAUCUUUGCCAGCUUCCCUCCCUGGUCUACAGGCCCUGCUCUUAUCGUUGUUGGCUCCAUGAUGCUUUCAGGUGUCCGUAACAUCAAUUGGGAUUACCCUGGUGAUGCUAUCCCUGCCUUCAUCACCUUGGCCGUCAUGCCCUUCACUUACUCUAUUGCUUAUGGUGUUAUUGGUGGCAUUCUCUCUUAUGUUGUCAUCAAUGGAUUCGUCUAUCUGGUCGAUAAGAUCUCUCGUGGCUACAUUCGACCUGAUUACUCAUUACGUGAAGACUGGUGGACCGCUGCUCUUUCUCGUCCUUUCUUGCCUACUUGGAUCCGUUUCUUGAUCGCAAAGGCUAGAGGCCAAGAAUUCAAUUGGCACCAAGAUGAAUAUGAAUUUGAAGAUGAUGAAUUCCAGCGUCCUCAAGUCAUUUCUGAUCCUGUCAUGGAAAAAAAUAGCUCUCAGCAGAUGAUUGUUGAUAGCAUCAGUGGACACAGUCUGAAUGAAACCGCAAGUAUUCCCGGCAGAGGCUAUAAUGAAAAGAUGUAAAUUUAUUCUCUCUUUCUUUCAUAUCUAUCUAGUACAAUAUAGAAACUAUUUAAUAAUUUAAAAUAAACAUAUACAAUACUAUUUCUAGUCCAUGCUUGGACACAUUAUCAUAGAUAAUAAUCAUCUCGGACAGUUAUCCAUUGACAAAAAUUUAUAAUAUCAUAAAAGAUUUCAGAUGAUAAAUUAACUCAGUACCAUUCUUGUUGCAUCAAUGUUCAGCAUGG